AUGGUUGCCUGGGGAAAACAGCUCUGCUGUGUUGGCAGAAUACAAGACGUUUUCUUGAGAUUCAGAAUUGUUCUAGCAGUCCUUUUACUUCAUUUGUUCCUGGCUACAGCAGGCCAAGAUCAGGAGGAUUUCCUAGGAAGAUAUAAGGCUGUCUUUAAGACUGCAUGUGAAGAUCCUUGGAUUAUGUCACCAAGAAUUUCUCUGCGUCCCUUGAAAGAAUUCAUUGUCUGUGUGCACCUGAAGCUAUAUUCCUCAAAUAGUCUAUGGACAGCAUAUGUAUACCAUCAAGAAACACCUCACACCAAUCUCUCUGCAAAUAAGUAUGAUCUUGGACUUACAGGAGAUCAUGGUAAAGUGAGGAUAUGGUUGUUUGGAAAUCAAAUAAAUAUGACAGCAAGACUUAAGGAGAACACUUGGAACCAAAUAUGUAUCCAGUGGAAAAGUGAAGAUGAGGAGAUGAAAGUAUUCAUAAACGGAAAAAAAAAAGUCAACAAAAAACUAACUGGGAAAUUUAGUUUGCCUGGAAAAGGGCGGUUCUUACUGGGCUGUUCAAAGCUGCCAGGUGCAGUGAUGUCACCUGACCUGGGUAUGACUGGGGAGCUGUAUAUGUUCAGAAUGUGGGAUAAAGCAAAUAUAAACCAAUCUCUGCGCUGCAAAGAUAGUGGUGUUAUACGCUGGAGAAAGGAGGAUUGGGUCUAUAAUAAGACAGUAGAAGAAGAUAACUCUCUGCCAUGUGUGAAGGAAGAUAAUACAAAACCAGCAGGAUACUCAGCUGCAACAACUAUCUCUGAGUCCUCUAUUGUUAUUUUUGUCACCUAUCCUAUUAAUCCUUCAGAUAUUACUUCAGAGGAGACUACACAAACUACAGAAACUCUUGACAUCACUGAUUAUUACUCCACUGUAACACCAGCAGUAGAUACCAUUUUAUGCAACAUAACACCCGUCUGCAAUUUUUCAGUAUUCUAUGUCGGCAAGGUAAAACUUCAGGCAGCUGAAGAAAGUAACACGUCACUAAAUGUAGAAAUAAUUAAUAACAUAACUAUCAACAAUCAAGUGACAGAAUUAAUUGCAAUUCCAGCAACUAACCCCCAAGAACUGAGAAUUUCAGAGUUCAACAAAACCUUGCAAGCAGUAAGUGAGUCCUCUGUUAUGGAAUGCAGUGCAGAAAACCAAAGUAUAUACUGCAAUUUCAUAAUCAGGCUGGCUGAGAGAGAGAAUAUAAGCAGUUUAACAGAAAAAGCAGAAAUAAGCCAACUUGAACGGUGUUGCUGUUCAUCACCAGAGUAUUGUUCUUUGACGGCUGAAGAAUUACAAGUGUAUACUAUACAAGUGCCACCGUAUUCUAUAUGGGUUCCUUUCCUUCAUUCUCCUUCUCUCUCUAGAAAGAUAUUCUCCAGAUCUAAUGCUUUUAUUUCCCCCACUAUGCUUUCUGCCAAACAAAGCCCCACAGUUAGACCACUGAUCCCACCAUUCACAGAAACAACUUCUUCUGGAGCUCUCCCCACAUCUCCCACUACAAACCCUCUCUCUGAAACUUCUGACACAUCUACUACUGAAACCUCUGUGUCUUCCACUAGUGUCAGCACUACGCUUUCCUCUUCUGAGCCUCUUGCUCAACCUACCACGUCAACUUUUCCUUCCAUAGCUUCUAAUAAGUCUGUCACUAUUUCCACACCUGCAACGAAAACUGUCACUAGUGCUGCUUUCUCAGUUAAAUCUGAUGCUGCGUAUCUUAGCAAGCCGAUUACUAUAGUUUCUCCUUCUGUAGGUUUCACUAAACAUUCUGCAGCUUCCUAUUCUGAGCUUCCCCCCAAACCUUCAAUAGCAGUUACCUCCUUUGAGAUUACCACCAGACCUAUUGCACAAAUUCAUGGUGCUACAGAUUCAACCCAACCUAAAAAGAAUAAAGUUGCUACCCCACCUAUUAUUCCUCUUACUCCUUUCACAAUAACUUUAACCCCUACUGUUAGUCCUGUGAACCAUUCUGUCUCAGCUUCUCAUCCUUACUCUACUGCUGAUGGUCAUGGUAGCCUGCCUAGUGGGAGCACAGGAAAGAUACUGUCAGAUACCACAUACACAACUUCUGUGUAUACCACCAUUAGUAUCACCACAGCUGAGCAAAUUGUGUCCAAAAUAGAAAAUGAUGUAGCAGCUGGAAAAAUAGAGCCAAAAGAUGUAGAAAGGAUGGUUAGUGAGGUUAGCAAAGUCCUGACUGCUGCUCAACCAUUACCACCCCGAAUUUCUAACAGAAUUAUAAAACUGGUGGAUUAUAUUGGCUUCAAACUGAACUUCUCAGCAACGUCUGCUGCUUUUGCCUCCCCUUCCUUGGCUCUGGCAGUUGUCAAAACCAAUAGCGUCCGCUCCAGCCAGAUGUCUUUCGCUGUCCAGGACUCAGCUGAUCUCCAGAUAUCUCUAGGUGUUAAUGCAAUUAAUGAUUUAAAUAAUCUUGGAUCGAUUUCACUUCCUUCGUCGUUGCUGACAGAUUUACCCCCUGAAGAGUUUGACUUGGCUUCUAGAAUUAUAUUCAACUUCUUUAAAAAGACCACUGUGUUCCAGGAUUUGUCUUUAAAGAAUGCAUCUUUAAUCAGCAAUGUUAUAUCAUCAAGUGUUGCUAACCUCACGAUUAGGAACUUAAAGGCAAAUGUUACUGUCACUUUACAGAAUAUCAAACCUAAUCAGGAUAAUUCAACAGUUAGAUGUGUGUUUUGGGACUUCAGUAAAAAUGCUGGACAUGGAGGCUGGUCAUACGAAGGUUGCACAGUUAAAGAAAGUAGAGUAAAUGAAACAGUCUGUUCAUGCAACCACCUCACAAGCUUUGCAGUUUUGAUGAACUUGUAUGGAAAUAUCCCUUCGAAUCCCACACAAGAAUUGGUAUUGACUUUUAUAUCCUAUAUAGGGUGUGGCCUCUCUGCAAUUUUUCUUUCUAUUACUCUUGUGACCUACAUAGCCUUUGAGAAAAUCCGGAGAGACUACCCUUCCAAAAUCCUUAUUCAGCUGUGUGCUGCAUUACUUCUCCUCAACUUAGUUUUCCUCCUAGACUCAUGGAUUGCACUGUAUGAUACACGAGGCCUAUGCAUUGCAGUUGCAGUGUUUCUUCACUAUUUCCUCUUGGUUUCCUUCACCUGGAUGGGCCUAGAAGCUUUCCAUAUGUAUCUGGCUCUUGUGAAAGUCUUUAAUACCUAUGUGCGGAAAUACAUUCUUAAAUUCUGCAUUGUUGGUUGGGGGUUACCAGCAGUAGUUGUGUCCAUUGUGUUGGCGGUAUCACCAGAUAAUUAUGGACUCAUAACCACUGGAAAGGUUUCAAUAAACAGACCUGAUGAAUUCUGCUGGAUUAAAAAUAGCAUUGUCUUCUAUAUUACUGCUGUGGGAUACUUUUGCCUGAUAUUCCUCAUCAAUAUCAGCAUGUUCAUUGUUGUGCUGAUCCAGCUCUGUCGUAUCAAAAAGAAAAAACAACUUGGUGCUCAAAGGAAAACCAGUAUUCAAGACCUUAGGAGUGUUGCUGGCCUCACAUUCUUGUUGGGAAUUACUUGGGGAUUUGCUUUCUUCACAGUAAACGAGGUAUUUACUUACCUCUUUACCAUUUUCAACACUUUGCAAGGGUUCUUCAUUUUUAUCUUCUAUUGUGUAACAAAGGAGAAUGUCCGUAAACAGUGGAGAAGAUAUCUCUGUUGUGGGAAAUUCAGGCUGGCUGAAAACUCUGACUGGAGUAGAACUGCUACUAAUGGCUUAAAGAAGCAAACUGUAAAUCAAGGAGUAUCCAGUUCUUCCAAUUCCUUACAAUCAAACAGUAACUCCACUAACUCUACAACACUGCUAAUGAAUAAUGAUUAUUCAGUGCAUGUGAAUGGAAAUGGCCAUAUUUCCAGUGAAAAGAAUGGUGAUGUGUGUCUCCAUGACUUCUCAGGCAAACAACUCGUGUUUGAAGAAAAAGAUGAUACAGGCAGCCAGAAAAGCCAUAUCUCACUCAGGAGGACUUCAAAGAGAGGAAGCCUGUCUUUUCUUGAGAAAAUGUGA